GGCCGCGCACGGUGGGAUCCUCAACUCGAACAGCCCAGCCGCAAAGCCACCCCGGGUUUCCAGCAGCUCCGGCACGAUCGCCUUCGCCCAGUGAUUGAGGGUCAGGGAAAAAAAAUUCCCCCGUCGCACCCGCCCAUUACGACGGCGCCGGCCGAGCAGACGCCGCCGCCACGAUGUCGCCCACCACCGGCGCCGUCGCAUCCGCCGCGCCGGGAGAGGAAUCUCCCGCCGCCACGGUGCUCCUCGGCAGGUACGAGCUCGGCGACCUCCUCGGCCGCGGCGCGUCCGCCAAGGUGUACCGCGCGCGGGACCUCCUCACCGGCCACUCCGUCGCGAUCAAGUCAUUCCCCAACCCCCGCGCCGGCGCCGAGGAGGGGCGCCGCCCCGUGGCCAUCGAGCGCGAGGCGGCCAUCCUCCGCCGCCUGCGCCACCGCCACGUGGUGCGCCUCCACGAGAUCCUAGCCACGCGCAAGAAGGUCCAUUUCGUCCUCGACCUCGCCGCCGGCGGCGAGCUCUUCUCGCUCGUCGACGCCUCCGGCCGCAUGACGGAGGACCUCACCAGGCACUACUUCCGGCAGCUCAUCUCCGCCGUGCGCUACUGCCACGCGCGCGGCGUGUUCCACCGCGACAUCAAGCCGGAGAACCUACUCCUGGACGAGGCCGGCGAGCUCAAAGUCGCCGACUUUGGCCUCGGCGCCGUGGCCGACGACGGCAACCUCCGCCACACGCUCUGCGGCACCCCGGCGUACGUGGCGCCGGAGAUCCUGUCGAGGAGAGGGUACGACCCAGCCAAGGUGGACAUCUGGUCCUGCGGCGUGGUCCUGUUCGUGCUCGCCGCCGGGUACCUCCCCUUCAACGACGCCAGCCUCGUGAACAUGUACCGCAAGAUCUACGCGGGCAGGUUCCGGUGCCCGAGCUGGUUCUCGCCGUCGCUGCGCGACCUGCUGCGCCGCGUGCUGGACCCGAACCCGGACGCCCGCAUCGACGCGGACGACAUCGUGGGCCACCCGUGGUUCUGCCACGGCGCCGGCGACGAGGAGCUGGCCCGCCUCAUGCGCGGCCACGAGGAGGAGCCCUGGUUCAAGCCCGAGUUCAAGGAGGAGGACAUGGCGAGGGAGAUGACCGCGUUCGACAUCCUGAGCUUCUCCGCCGGGUCCGACCUGUCGGCGCUCUUCGGCGCCGGGCAUGGCAAGGAGCGGGUGUUCGUCAGCGAGGCCGGCGCUGCCGUGCUGAGCCGCGUGGAGGCGGCCGGGCGGAAGGAAGGGUACCGCGUGAGGAGGGAAGGGAAGCGGGGCACCGGGCCGGUCUACCUGGAGGAGGAGAGCGGCGGCGGCAUCGUGGCGAAGGUGAGCGUCUUCAAGCUCGCCGACGCGGUGUCAGUGGUGGAGGUUGUGAAGGGCGACGGCGCGGAGGCCGCGCUGUUCUGGACCGAGCGGCUCGAGCCGGCCGUGAAGCCCCCGGUGCUGUCGUGCUGAGCUGAGCAGGCCGCCGCCGAGGGUUCCUGGCUUCCUGCUCCUGGCCCUGGGAGGCGCCUCCGCCGCUUGCCGGGAAUGGGAUCCGUUUCCUUUGGUUGUGAUGGUUCCUCAAAAAUUCAUUUGGUUGUUUGGCCGUGUGUGUGUUGUAUGGUGCCUGUCACGCUCGGCGAGCAUCAGAGCACUAAGCGAGCGAGGUUUGGUGCCGGGUCGGCCAAAAUCAUCAUCAUCAUGAUCGUCAUCAUCUGUAUAAUAUUCCUAUUCCGACGAGGCAAGCAAGAAUCCUUGCGAUGUUGAGACGAA